CAUGUGGUCAAAUUAGGCGUGGCCGGAUUGCACGCGGAGUACAAUGCUGUGGUCCGUAUCAAGAGUGAUGAUCCUCGAAGUGCAUUUAAAAUUUAUGAAGCUCAACGAUCGAAAUGUUACCCCUACUGGCCAGAGACGGUGCACCGGAAACUCUAUUUCUCCUCCGGAUAUCCCGGCACCAUGCCCAACCCAAUCGAUUCAUCCAGUUCUGGCACGGCUUCCAAAGACCGCUCGCACCCGAUUGCCGAAUUCGAAGUGGAGAACGUGGCGUGCCGCAUGGAUGAGCAUUUUGCCUGUAGUACGUUGCGCCUCACCCACCUGCCGUCCGGCCGACGUCGUACGGUGGAACAUUUCGCCUAUUUCUCCUGGCCUGAUCACGGUGUCCCACUGAGCACAACCGGACUGCAGCAGUUGCUCUCUUCCGUACAGGAUACCUAUAACCAAUCGAUUCGACAACUCGGAUACAGCAGUUUUAUGGAUCAGAUCGUUCCCCCCCCACCGGUCGUUGUUCAUUGCAGCGCUGGUAUUGGUCGAACCGGUACCUAUGUGACCGCGGACAUCUGUACGAAAUGGCUUAUCGAUUCGACCAAUACUGCCAAACUCAUCAAUAUCCCGCUGACAGUCAGUCGCGUACGGUCACAACGUUGCGGUUGUGUUCAAGUUGCCGCCCAGUAUGUGUUUUGCUAUCGCGUGCUGAUUGACUAUGCCCUGCAACACAAACUAUUGGACGACGGACCCGAUAGUCUUGCACAAACCGCUCUGGACCUGUUGAAACCACCGUUGCCGCAUCACACUGAAUCGUCGGGACUCGCCUCUAUUUCCCCCAUAUUCUAUCACUCAUCUUCUCUGCCCCGACCAGGACAUCAUCCUCCCGGUGUGUCCUCCAGCGUAUUCGGAUCUGGUGGCCCAGUUCCAUCCGGUUUAAGUGCCACGUUGGCAGAAUUUCGCAAUUUGCUACCCACAACACAGUUGCUUUCGAUCUGGCACGCAAUGAAAUCGAAACGUGACCAAGAAGGUGGUGCUCAAGCACUGGUCAAUACUGACUUCGUUAUGACUGAGAACAUUUGUUCGGACUCUGAGUCGACUUCAGAUGCCGAUCAUCCGGUUGAUUCGUUCCGCGACAGUCCCCGGGCAGUGAUGUUAGACAGAGUGUCUGUGGCCUCACAACGGGAUAAGGUGGACACGCCUCGUUCGACUGGGGAUUGUUCACCUGCUCAUUCCAAUCGAUCCUCUGUCUCUUCGCAUACCACAGAUGCCGAUUGUCCCGUGAUAUGUGUUCCCGGUCCGGUUUACUUAGUCCACGAUGCGGACGCGGAAUGCACAAAAUCGUCCGGAGCUUUGAACAUUGAAGUAAACACGGAGAAGGCAACGUGA